UUGAUUUCGCACAUCAGGCUAUCCGAUACACUUGCAUUUAUAUUGUUUUAAGAUAAAUCAACAAGAUGCUAAUUAAAGUAAAGACCCUCACUGGAAAAGAGAUAGAAAUUGAUAUUGAGCCUACAGAUAAGGUGGAGAGAAUUAAAGAAAGAGUGGAGGAGAAAGAAGGGAUCCCCCCUCAACAGCAAAGGUUAAUCUACAGUGGCAAACAAAUGAAUGAUGAGAAAACUGCAGCAGAUUAUAAAAUCCAGGGAGGCUCUGUUCUUCAUCUUGUGCUCGCAUUGCGAGGAGGUUACCAGGGCUACCCUACCAGACACCUACAUGCUAAGCCUUUGUAACCAUCGACCGAACUGAGUAUGAUACUGGCUGGAAAUUGUCCUCUUUUAAUUGCACAACAGAGUCAAACCUAUACGGGAAAACAAAACCGAUGAAAAUGGGUGAUGCAAGCACUUUACUUUCUGUAAUACAUUCACAGCAGAAAUCUGCUCUUAUUAAAGGUGUGCUGGCUCUGCUGCUUUAUUGGCUCAAGAUUAGUGGCUAUUGAUUUUUAAGCAUCUCUUCUGGAUUUCCAGUGUUUGCUCUAAAGUUCGGUGUAUGUUGGUCUGCAAAUGUAGAAACUGAAUGCAAACUGACUUAAUCUUGAUCAUUCAAAAAUGAAAUUACCUUAAUGAUUUGUAUUGGGAUUGCACAUAUACUGUAAUCCUGAAUUGUUAUGAAGUUUUCAUUUGAGGAUCUCAGUUAUGUAUGAUUGCAAUUUAUUUUUUGCCUUCAAUUCAAUUUUUUGUGCCAAGUAAACAAAGCUAACAUCCCCUCACUUUACUGCAUACAGAAGUUUUAAAUGAAUUCUGCAAAUACAGCUUCAUUAUAUUUUAUGCAGUUUCAUUGUAUUUGUACAUAUAUUUUCACCAUUCAUUACACAAUUUGCAGUCUAUACUUUUACAGAGAACUGAAUGCAGCUUGUUGGAUAUAUGCCUUACUAAUACAGUUUAAAAUGUACAUUACUUCCUUCACAUUGCAAUUAUUAUUAUUUUGUUAUACUGUAUCUUAAUGAGGAAAUACUUUAAAC